AUGGGAUAUGUGAAUGAAGUCAAACACAUUGCCAUUCUUUCCCCACAGUUUAGCAAAGAUGCCACCUUCAGGAAUAAAAUCAAGCUCCAAGCUCUGAUCUACCCAGUCCUCCAAGCUCUGGACUUCAACACCCCCUCCUACCAGCAGAAUGCGAAUUCCCCCAUCCUGCCCCGCCAUGUCAUGGUCAGAUACUGGAUCGACUAUUUAAAAGGGAACCAGGAUUUCGUCCAGGCCAUGUUGGUGAACAACCACACCUCCUCGGACGUGGAGGUGGCUGCUGCUCUCAGGGCCCGGCUCGACUGGCUUUCCCUCUUGCCCAAAUCUAUCACCAAGAAUUAUAGCCCCGUCAUGAAGGAGGUGGGCGAUUCUCGGAUCGUGCAGGAGCUCCCCCAGCUCCUGGACGCUCGUUCAGCGCCGCUGAUCGCAGACCAAGAGGUCCUUCAGAAGCUGCCAAAAACUUACAUCUUGACUUGUGAACAUGAUGUCCUCAGGGACGACGGCAUCAUGUAUGUCAAACGCUUGGAGAGCGCUGGCGUGCAGGUGACCCACGACCACUUUAAGGAUGCCUUCCACGGCUGCAUGAUUUUUACUUCCUGGCCCACCAACUUCUCGGUGGGAGUUCGGACUAGGGACAGCUACAUUAAGUGGCUGAAGCAGAACCUGUGAAGAGAGAUCAUCCAGAGAGGGCACGUGAACCCUUUUUGACCAAUGGCAAUCACUAGGGAUCACUGAGCACUUUCUUACUUACCCCAGGCGACCACCAGACCAUGGUGCUUCUUGUCAGGGAGAGGCCAAGUGAGAAAUUUUCACGAGCUUGACUAAUCUCUAUCAGUAUAGAAGAUUUGAAUCGGUUUCCCAAACUGGACUAACCAACCUCCUGGGCCACUCAGAUGGCUGCCACGGUCCCAAACUACCAAAGGAUUCUGGGAAAGCAUAUUCUUCCCCUGGAAGUGACUCUUUGUACUAGAAGACCUUCUACAGAGGAAAACAUGCCAGUCCUGUUUGAUGAAUUUUAUGUAAAUUUGGUUCCCUUUUGCAAAUAACUUAUUUAUAAAUCAGUCAAUUACUUAAAGGUCUAAAAUACACCCUUCUGACCCAUCCCUGCCCAUUGAAUGCCUUUGUUCCUCUUUUGCACAGAUGGUCUUUCUCAUAGGGACAUGGGCUUCAUUCCUCCUAAGCGUCUUUUGUAAAGGAUGAUAAUCCACUAAUCCUUUGGGAUUAUAUUCUUUCUUUAAAGUUCGCUUUUAACCACUGCUGUUAGAGAACAAAUUACUAAUGUGUUAGUAUGAUUUACACUGGAUUUUGUACAUAGUUAAGAGUUUUUGUUUUUCAUGUGGCAUUAGAGUACAUGCAAUCUCUGUGGGGUAAGGGUGGGGGUGGAGAGGGAUUUGGGGCAAAUGUAUUUCUUUUGAGAAUGAAUUUUCUAUAGAUAAUAAAUGGAAAAAGACCCA